UACUAGCACCUUACAUCAGCUCAUAUCCCGCGGAUCAGACUAGAUUAGUGUGGCAAAACUCCCCAGCCUUGUACACCGAAAAUCAACCAAACCCGACAAGUCUCAACGGACCUUCUGCGCUGAAUGAGACCCUAGGGAGUGGUAUGACACUUUGAACCUGCGAUUACGCACAAUCACACACGGCCUCUUUCAUGGCCAGGGCGAGGGGUUUGCUGCAUUGGGAUGCCCCAGGCCAGUCAGUCGGACCCAAAAAACAGCUACAUUACCUCAACGACGGCGGGCAAUGCGAGGUACGCCGCAUGGAUAACACAGUUGAAUGUGACAUAUUCUUCGCUGAGUAUGACUAAUGAUAAGCGUGGAACGACAAUCCAGCCAGAUGUUGAGACAUAUGCUGGUGACCCUGCCAUCAAUGGUACUGUGUCUAUCGCAGUCACCGAUUCAAACCCCUUGACACCGUCCAACCUCUCAAUGAUCAAUCCCCAUGUGGUUGCCGGUCCGGCUCUCUACCAAUCCGGUUGAACACAAAGUCACCCUGGUGGUGCAUAAGAAAAUAUGGUGAU